GUUCUAAAGGUUACCGUUAAACGCAGGAGUACUCGGGGUUUUUUUGUAUCAAACCGCAGGGUUAAUAUUAUUUAUGGCUAGUAAAAAAUGUAUGCCCUUAAUAACUAACUACAAAUCAGAUGAUUCCUCAUUGGAUGAUGGUGAUGCUGAUUGUGAUGAUAUCUUUAAUAGUCUCACAGAGAAUAGUCCAAAUAAUGCUCUUGAUGAAGAUGACCAGCCAUUGUCUAAUUUCCGUCCUCUUCACUCACCACAAAAUGAUUUUCUAAAAAGUUUGACUGUUAUGCAACCAUCUAAAAAUGAUUCCUCUAUCGGUUCAUUUAAACAACAACUCACGUCUACUGAAGACUCGAUAUUACCAAAUAUAUCUGAUUCAGAAGAUUCUGAUUCUUUCUCAUCCAGUACUGAUGAGGAGUUCAAGAAAUUGGUGGAUACUUCUUCUUCAUUACCUGUAACUGAACUCCUUAGGUCCAAACAAUUUACACUUAUGUAUAGCGAUAAAAACUAUCAAAAAGGCAAAUCAGAUAGAAUAAUAAAUAUAGGUUAUUCACAAUUUUUUCAAGAAAUUCAAUCCGCUAUAAAAUAUGAACAACCUAAUGCAAGUUUCCAUGAUAUAUGUCAAUUAGUUGAUGAACGCUGGAAUCAAUUAUCAAAAAUCGAGAAAAAAGAGUACAAGAAACAUUCUGUAGGAUCAAUGGAAUCAAAAAAGAUGACCUCUUUAUCAAAAUGUAGAUCAAAACUGCUCAGUUUAGUAAGUCAUCUAUUACACAUUACCUAUUCCAGUAAUAUCACUAAAUGAAUAUCCUGCUCACUUAUUUUCCAACUAUGCAAGUAUUUCGGUAAAAUUUCCCGUUUUAGAUUUGUUUGAACUAAAUAAUUACGAAUACCAACCGUAUAUAUAUAUACACAUUUUUUUGAAAAAAAAAAGCUUAGAAACUAUCGCGAUGCUAAACACUCGAAAAUUCGAUGGUCGUAGGUCAGAUGAUGUUAAGUGAAGACAAUAAACAAUGCUGUAAUCCUACGUGUAAAAAUCCAGUUUCCUAUGAUCCUCGUUGGAAUGGUCAGUAUUGUUCAACUAAAUGUGUUGGAGAACAUUGUCAGUUAACCUUUAUUGAUUGGUGUAAUAAUAAACGAUAUGAUGGGAAGGUAAAUGUCUUAUCUAAACUACCAAUUGUUGUACCCUUACUAGACCAUUUGUUUACUAAAUAAAUAUUUAUAAUAAUGCUAAUUUGUGUGAUACAUUUUUGAUUAGUAUCAGAAGGGGUUUUGUGGGGAUUGUAGUUAUUUCAAUGGUUAAGAUCAUGAGU